CUAGUUGGCAUUAUCAAUGGCGAGCUCACAGGAUCAAGAUGCAGGCGAUAAGCCUAAAAGUAAACGGUUGUUUAUCAACCAAAUUGAUGCAUUUCAAGGUCGAAACACAGCAAAGUAUUUAUCACACUGUGUUGUUGGAGCAUCGUUAGAAGAAGCUGAGGAAGAAGAUGAUGCCAAAUCUGUUGAUAGUUCUGUUAUACCACCACCUAAAGAAGGUUGUUAUGAAGUCGUUGGAACCACCAAAACUAGGGAUUAUUCUAAACCAGAUUAUAUCAAGGAAAUCAUCCAGUAUGAUAAUCGUGAUCAGUUAUAUGAACAGUUAGUAGAAUGUGAUGUAAUAGUUUAUGAUAUAACUGAAGAUCCAGAUCAAAUUGAUGAAGCAGUAUGGGCAAUAUCAGAACUUCACGCUGAUUUGGAGAAAAUCGAAAGAUCUAAGAUGUUUAUAUUGAUAUCAAGUUGUAUGACCUGGGCUAAAAGUAAACCUCUUGACCCUGAUGAUCCAGAAAUCCCUUUCACAGAAGAUGACUACAGACGGAGAAAACCACAUCCUAAUUUUAAAGAACACAUUAGCGCGGAAAAAACUGUCAUCAAAUUAGGAAAAACAAAUAAGUCCAAAUUAGUCACCUAUGUUGUAUGUUCUGGCUUGACUUAUGGUGCAGAAGAAAAUAUUUUCCACUACUUGUUCAAGAGUGCAUGGCAUAAUGUGCCUCAGCUACAGAUUUUUGGUAAUGGACAGAAUGUUGUACCAACAAUUCAUAUCAAGGAUUUAGCAGGAGUUAUUCAAAAUAUAGCUGAUUCUCGACCUAAAGUCAGAUAUCUGAUUGCUAAGGAUGAUGCACAAAAUACUCUAGAAGAGAUUGUUAAGGCUGUUAGUACAAAUCUGGGAUCAGGUAAAGUGAAGAGUAUCAGUAAAGAAGAAGCUUUAUUACACCGGGAUAUUGAGCAAGCUGAUUUUGACAUGUUAUUAGUCAAUCUAAGAAUGGAUGCAGUUCAUGUUAAGGAAAGCAUGCGAAUAAACUGGGUAUCUGAAAGUGGAAUGGUAGAUAACUUAACACCAUUAAUAAAAGAAUAUAAAGAUCUUAGAAAACUACAGCCAUUACGUGCGGUUAUAUUAGGACCACCUGCUGCUGGUAAAACAACCAUCGCUGAUCAACUAUGUCAGUUUUAUAAACUUCAUCAUAUUAAAAUUAAAGAUGUUAUAGAUGAAGAAUUGGAAAACCUGGCAAUAAAAGCAAGACGAGCUGAUGUAGAAGAUGAGGAUGAAGAUGAUGGAGCUGCUCAGGAUGCUCAAGAUUUAAUAGAUCAGAUAAACGAAAGCAAGGAACAAAAUAAUGGUAGAAUAGAAGAUCAGUAUAUCAUCCAAGCUUUCAAGAAAAAACUUCAUUCCAUGUCCUGUCAGAAUCAAGGCUUUGUCCUCGAUGGUUUCCCUAAAACCCUUGAACAAGCUCGAGAACUUUUUGUUGGUGAAGAUGACGAGGAACCCGAGGAGUCAGCAAAGGGAGGUAAUUACGACAAAGCAAUCAUGCCAGAAUUUGUAAUCUCCCUGGAUGCAACUGAUGAUUUUUUGAAAGCUCGAAUCAUGAACCUGCCAGAAAAUAUUGUCUCUGGUUCACACAAUACAGAGGAAGGUUUAAUGAGAAGGUUAGCGGAUUUUAGGGCAGUUAAUACAGAAGACGAAACGGUACUGAAUUAUUUCGAUGAACUAGAAUUCCACCCAGAGAAAAUAGAUGUAACAACAGAUAACUCAGUUAUGAUGAAAGAUACAGUUGAAAGAAUCAAGAAAAUUAUGGGAGCGGCUAGAAAUUAUGGUAUG